CUAUGGGGAAUUCCUGGGCGGAAGUAGCGGAGGGGGUUUCCAGCGUGACCCGAACAGUCGUGCCGCUGGAGCUCCGUACCUCCGAACCCCCGAACCUUCCAAGCGCUUCCCAGUCCGCCUGCCUCGCCGCAACAGGACCAAGGGUUGCCGCGGAGUGUCGGAAGCCGCAGCGAACAUGAAGAGGCCCGCGGCUCGGCAGAAAGCGGCAGCGGGUCGGCGGUUUGAACCCAGCGGAGACGCGCCGAGGACCUGCUGAGCCCAACUAAUUCAUGUCAUGUCAGCUGGACACAGUGUUGACGGGAGGGAGGUACAGGUUCCCCUCCAGCAGGUGGCGCCCUCCCUUGCUCCGCCUCUGUCUGUGGCCCCUCUCAUCACCCUGCCUCCCAACCGACCAGCCAAUCCGUGGCCUCCUAGCGACUCUUCACAAGUGGGCGUGUUGCAUUCAGGUGCGGCUGCGGCCUUCCUGCCGCUUCAUGGCGGCUUCACCGACCACUUUGUAGAAAGUCCUGAGGAGAAGUACCGCUGUGAGUCCUGCAGGCUGGUCCUGUGUCAGCCUCGUCAGACCGAAUGUGGACAUCGCUUCUGUCAGAGCUGCAUCGCUCACAUCCUCAGUGGUCCCAAGCCGGUGUGCCCAGCUGACAUGGAGCCACUGUUCAGCAACAAGAUCUUUCGGGAUGUUUGCUGCCACCGGGAGAUCAUGGCGCUGAAGGUGCACUGUCGCAGUGAGAAGCAAGGCUGCCAGGAGUGCAUGAGUCUGCAGCAGAUACCUGAACACCUGAACGUGUGUCCAUUUUUCGAGGUUCCGUGCCCGCUGGGCAAGUGCAAGGAGAGGAUGAUGAGGAAAGAAAUCCCCGAGCACUUGAGCUACAGGUGCAAACACCGACAGGCCGCCUGCGACUUCUGUGCCGCCAACAUGCCGCUCGCCGACCUGCAGAAACAUCAGGAGACCGUGUGUCCCGCCUUCCCCGUCUCUUGUCCCAACCUCUGCUCCUUCUCCUCCUUGCCACGUCGACAGCUGGCCAGUCACCAACACGAGUGUCCCAAAGCUCAGGUGAGCUGUCCCUUUCAUGGCUACGGCUGCUCCUACAAGGCUUUGAAUCAGGAAGUCCGACAACACCAGAACACCUGUGCAGCCGAACACCUGAGACUAAUGCUCGUGAAGAACAUCUCCUUGGAGAGCAAGGUGGACGAGGUCAAAGAUGAGUUGAUGGACAAGUGUAAAGUCCUACCUGUCCUCAGCUCUCGUCUCUGCGACCUGGAGAAGCACAACACCGAACUAAGAGAGAAGAACCGACAUCUGGAGCAGAAGGUGGUGUCCAUGCAGAAGUUGAUGAGCUCUCAUUCGGAAAAGCUCUUGGAGGUGGAGCUUGAGCUCCGCUCUCUCACUUUGCUCAGAGAGGAGCUGGAUAAGCUCCGCCUGUCGCUGGAUAGCGUCCGCAGCAGACUCUGCGCCCUGGAGCAAGGAGGACGCUCGGGCGGCGGCACGCUGACCUUGGCCUCCCUGGAGACGCAGCUGCAUCGCCAUGGCGACAUGCUGAGCGUGCACGACAUCCGGCUGGCGGACAUGGACCUGCGCUUCCAGGUGCUGGAGACGGCCAGCUACAACGGCACGCUGAUCUGGAAGAUCCGCGACUACAAGAGACGGAAACAGGAAGCGGUGGCGGCCAAAACGCUGUCCUUGUACUCGCAGCCCUUCUACACAGGCUACUUCGGCUACAAGAUGUGUGCGCGCGUCUACCUGAACGGGGACGGCAUGGGCAAGGGCACGCACUUGUCCCUCUUCUUUGUGGUGAUGAGGGGCGAGUACGACGCUCUGCUGCCUUGGCCCUUCAAGCAGAAGGUCAACCUCAUGCUGAUGGACCAAGGUCCCGCCAGGAAACACCUGGGCGACGCCUUCAAACCCGACCCCAACAGUAGCAGCUUCAGACGUCCUGCGGCCGAGAUGAACAUCGCCUCGGGGUGUCCUCUCUUCGUGUCCCAGAGUGUCCUGGAGUCUGCCAGCUACAUCAAGGAUGACACCAUCUUCAUCAAGGUUACCGUGGAUACGUCCGACCUUCCUGAUCCGUGACCGUGUGACAGGUGACCUGGCCACGCCCACCCGGUGGUGACGAGGCGCAUCAUUGACGGGGGCGCAGCCUCGUCCAGCGGUAGCCGAUCAAUCGGCGCGUGCGUGCCACGUCGCCACGGUGACCACAUUGCUACUGAUGCCGUGCAUCAAGCUUGACUUCCUGUUUACCGAGGCAUGCUGGGAAAUCCCGUGGAACUCUUCUCCUUCAAGGUGGACGUCCUGAGGAACGAGCAGUGGGCGGAGCUCCGGGAUGUAAUUUGGUGACGUCACUUCCUGUCCGACACGAGGAGACCGAAGUGACGUUUGAAUGUUUGUCCACUAAGUGUCGUCAUUUUGUCACAGUGAGCGUGAAAGUUAAUAAAAAAACAUAUUUCGGGA